UGAAGUCCAAGGUUUGCUGACUCUGGAGUGGAUCUAAGGAGGAGUGGAUCAAGAUGUCCAAAGCGAAGGCUGCACCUCCUCCCGGGUGCACUCUGAACAUCAAUGAUCCUCAGGUCCAGGAGGCUGCUAUUCGAAUCCAGGCCUCAUAUCGUGGCCACAGGUCACGUAAAGAGAUGCGGGAGAAAGGCCCUCCUAAGAUCCUCCAGGAGCUCAAAGAUGUAGUUCUUGUUGAGGGCAGUGCCGCAAAGCUGGAGUGUAGAGUUAGCGCUUUCCCAGAUCCUUUCAUCGUGUGGUACAAGAACGGCAAAGAGCUGAAGGACGGUCCCAAGUACCGCUAUGUUUUUGAGGACCCCGAUUUUGUGGCACUCGUGGUUCGAGAUGGAGUCCUGGCUGAUCUGGGAAAAUACACGGUUGACAUCAAGAACCCGUUUGGACAGACAUCUGGAUCUGCUUGUAUUCUAGUAGAGGUGCCUGCUAAGGUUUCUAAAGGCCCAGACAACAUGAAGGCCAAGAGAGGGACGACAGUGGUGCUCAAGGCUGAGAUAAGUGGGGAGCCUCCUCCAGAUGUUGCCUGGCUCAAAGAUGGAGAUGACAUCGAAGAAGACGACAGGGUAUUCUUUGAUGUCGGAGACACCAACACAAUCUUGACCAUCAAAAAUGCAAAGAUGUCUGAUGCCGGCAAGUAUGAAGUGUUUGUGGAGAACAGACUAGGAACAGACCAGUCCUUCGCUCGUGUCGACAUCCUUUGAUGCAACCUCUCAUGUCUUAUGGUGCUGUCAAAUUGAUAAUAUACUGUGUUGAU